AUGGCGGCAGGAGCGGCCUGCGCCCCCCCACGGGUGGUUUCCUCCAUUUCCUCCAAGCUCCACCAGGAGAAUCCGAAGUGGAAUUUUUCCAGUUGGGAUUCCUUCCUGUUCCCGUGCGGGGCGGAUUCCCGGGAAUGGGAAUAUUUCUCUGGGAAUUGUUAUUAUUUCUCGCUGGCGCGGCUGAGCUGGGAGCGGGCGCGGGAGCAGUGCCGGGAGCGCCGCGCCCGCCUGGCCGUGGUGGGCAGCUUCGCCGAGCGUGACCCCUCCGAGGGAAACUGGGAAUGGGUCGAUGGCACCGACUACAAAUCCUCCUUCACGUUUUGGCGGGAGGGGGAGCCCAACGACAGCGGGAAUAACGAGGAUUGUGCUCACCUCUGGAUCUCCGGGAAGUGGAACGACGUCCACUGCACCUUCGAGUGCUUCUUCGUCUGCGAGCGCCCCCUUUCCCAAAAAUCCCCUUUUUCCCACUAAAACCCGGGAUCGCAGUUCCCAAUUUCCCCGAUUCCCCCUCCCCCCAUGGAAUUCCCGAAAAAAAAAAAAACGGGAAUUUUUUAAGCGGA